CUGCCAGAAUCCCGCCUUCCAAUUGCUAUCUUGGCGUUGCGUACCACGGUCAUUCACGCUCGUGAUAUCAGCUCUUCACCCAUCACCCUGGCAGUGAGCAUUUGCAAGCAUGGGAGACGAUGACUACGGAGACUUCGAAGACGUCCUCGACUGGAUCUACGUGGAAGAUGAUUACACUUUAGCGGACGAACUCGCCGAAUCCCAGAUUCCGGACCCCGGCUAUACCGGUACUGCGGGAGAGGUGGAUGUCUUCGACCCGGACGAAUACGAUGUCUACGAUUAUUGGGAGGAUCUGAAGUACGAUGAUGAUUCGUAUUGGGAGUAUGCAGGCGCUGUGGGACACAAGAGGAAGCGUAAAGUCGAACAGUCGGGAGAGAGUGGUGGGAAGAAGAGACGGAAGUUGACUUUGGAAGAGACGGGCGGGGACAAUGUGCGCUUCGUGGGGAUGUCAGUCAGAUGCAGUCUUAGCAAGGGCAAGACGCCGCGCAUACGGAAAGAGAGGGCUGUCGCGUUACUACCGAAUUGGCGGGAGAGGUUCUCAAAUGAUGGCGAGGUCUUUACUGCGAAGGAGAUGCCACCGGAGAUGAAGAAUGCGGCAGAAGCUGAGGAACAUGAGGGUUCGCCGGCUGCUUCUGGUUUGGAAGAAUGGGCGGAAGACGGAGACGAGGCGGGCGACGAGGAAGAUCUACAAUCCCAGCUAGCCUCCCUCGAUCCCGAAAUGCUGAAAGCCAUUCUACGAGAGAAGCUCGGCGACGGCCUGGAUGAGAGCGCCUUCAUGCAGACAAUCAGCAAGAUGCUCUCUGGCGAGGCUGGCGCGGAGGACGCCGCUGGAGCACUAGCCGACAGUCUGCUCAAUCAGGCCACUGGAGGCAACAACGCUGCUCUAUCCGGCUGGCUCUCGCAGCAGGGUGUCUCACUGGAAGCCGAGGAGGACGACAACGAUGACGAUGUAAAUGACGACAACCCACCUCCUCAACCACCCACGCACGCCGAUCAACUCACUAAGGUGCAUGGAGUCCAGCAAUCUCCCUCAGACAGCGUGAUCGAUACGAUCAAAACCACUGGAGCAUCACAAAUUGACCUCGCCGCACACUCACCCUCUUCGACUACCAAGACGAAGAAACGAGCGGCGCCGUCGUCCGAAAACCUGAACCACGCAACGAACAAGAAACACAGACGAGAAAUGACCAUCAACACGGCCACGCCAGCUCAUGAACCGAACGGCGAUGCGGUAGAGACCAAACAGAUCCCCGCCGACGACCCAAGUCCACCCACCCAGCCAGGCGCAGAAUAUGGCGACAGCACUCAGCGGAAAGCUUCCGGACGGAAUCCCCGCAAGCGAAAAGGCCACUCGGAGCCGGACGAAGCGGAAAGCGGCGUGGUCAAGAAGCAAGCUCGCAAGAUCGCGGCUCCCGCUGAUGCUGUCGCCAGACGGACGAGGAGCGCCAGAGCCGCGGCCAAGGGCGGGAAGUAGGACUUCGUUGGCAGUAGGCAGGCCGCUCGAACAGCGAGUGCUGACUGCGUAGAUGCUUCUCGAGUAGAUAGUCACGCCUCAAUGAAAAUUUUCUGAAUGCAAUGCUCAAUACUGGAAUGAAUCAGUGUUGUCACUCCCAGUGAACUCCUCCGCCCUAUUCAACUGCCGCCCGCUAGAUGAAACUUCCCAUCCCCAAC